CUGAAUCAUCAAGGCCAUUUUCAAUCCUCAUUGGCCUGGCAGUCACGUGGUUGGGACCAAUGCGUGGAUAAUUAUGGUGCUGAUAUUUUUCCCUAAAAAAAAGAUGUCAGCCCCUGGCUGUAGUAUUCCUCUUUAAAAUCCCUCUCUGAAAAUGUCAUGUCCCAACAAUGUGACUUCUAACUCGUUUUUGAUGGACUCGUUAGCCGGUACCUGCAGAGGGGAGAAUUAUUCCUCUAACCAAGGAAUGUAUAUGCAGUCUGGGAACGACUUCAACUGUGGAAUGAUGAGGAACUGUGGAAUAAUCCCGUCUCUUUCCAAAAGAGACGAGGUGAAUAACGCCAGCCUGUCUCUCAGCACCUAUCCAUCUUACCUUUCUCAGCUAGACACCUGGUGUGACCCCAAAAAUACUUACCGACUUGAACAACCUGUUGCGAGACAACUCCCCUCCUGCUCUUUCCCAACCAAUGUCAAAGAAGAAAAUGCUUGUUGUAUGUACAAUGCUGACAAAAGGGCUAAGAACGCCACAGAGGCGACCCUCUAUCCCAAUCAGAUGCCUGAAUCUUGCCUAAAUGACCAUGAAGUCCCCGUGCCUAGCUACUACCGAGCCAGCCAAGGUUAUUCCUCCAUGGAGAAGGCGUCAAACUGCAGCAACUCCAGCGAGUUUGAGGCAAGUUUUGAACCCAGGUCGAGCCUCAGCCAAAGGAGUGAGCAUCUGGAGCAGCCACCACCACCUCCACCACCUCCACCUCCACCAUCUCAGCAGCCACAGCAACCACAGCAGCCGCCGCCGCCGCCGCCACCACUAUCCCAGCCAGGAGCUAAAGUCAGCUUUCCUGAAAACACAAAGCCAGAUAAUCCUCAGAACACAUCCGCCAGCGAAAUUAAAACCGAAAAAAGUCUCCCUGUGGUCAAAGUCAGUCCGUCGGAAACCGAGAAAGACCUGAGCAAAUGUACAGACACCAGUACUGACAAUUCUGACAACGAAGCAAAAGAGGAUAUAAAGGCAGAAAACACUACAGGAAAUUGGCUGACAGCAAAGAGCGGAAGAAAGAAAAGAUGUCCUUACACUAAACACCAGACGUUGGAACUGGAGAAGGAAUUCUUAUUCAAUAUGUACUUGACCCGUGAGCGCCGCCUGGAGAUUAGCAAGAGUAUUAAUCUAACAGACAGACAAGUCAAAAUCUGGUUUCAGAACCGCAGGAUGAAACUCAAGAAAAUGAACAGAGAGAAUCGAAUUCGCGAACUGACUUCCAAUUUUAAUUUCACUUGAAAGUGUUCACUAAU